UCUCUGCUCUGUAAACAGUCUAGUGUGAUGAAGAUGAAGUCCUCCUCGUCAGUUUCUGUUAUUCCCUCCAGGUGGUUUACGGUGGACUCCUGGUCCUGUAUGAGGAGAGCCUGGUGGUUUACGGUGGACUCCUGGUCCUGUAUGAGGAGAGCCUGGUGGUUUUAUGGUGGUAAUGAGGUGGUGAGCAGCCGUCUGUGAGGAUCUUGGUGACAUCUGGUGUCCAUGUUGAUCCUUUUAUCUAGUCAGCCUCUUAUGAAGGAUUACAGCAGUAGAGAGCAGCAAGUGAGUCAGAAGAUGGGGUGCCGUGGACGUGUACAGGUGUCCACGCUGCUGCUGGUCUGCUGCCUGCUGGUCGGCCCGGUGCCGGCUCAGGUCCGCCACCCUCUUCCUGUGCUGUGGAUGAUGCCGGUCAGCUCCGGGUCGGGGGGGGAGAACCUGACCGCCACCGUGGCCCCGGCGGUCCAACUGGCUCUGCAGGACCUGAAAAGACAACCAGCACCCCUGGGGAACUAUGAGAUCCAGCUCCAGCUGCUGGACUCUCAGUGCGACCCUGCUGAGUCCCUCAAAGCUCUGUUUGACGCCAUGUGGGCGGGGCCCAAGUACCUGCUGCUGUUUGGAGGGGUGUGUCCAUCUGUGACAGCGUUCAUCGCUCGCUCUCUGCCGGCGCUCAACCUGCUGCAGGUAUCUUUUGCGGCCUCGUCCCCCAGCCUGUCCAACAGGAAGUGGUACGGGAACCUGUUCAGCAUGGUUCCGUCGGACCGAGCUCUGAACCAGGCCACGGUGAAGCUGCUGCAGCGCUACAAGUGGACCAGAGUCGGUAUCGUGACACAGGAAGGACCUCGGCUCUCAGAGAUGAAGAAGGAUCUGCUGAGACAGCUGCUGAAGACAGAUGUUCAGGUCGUCUCCACAGAGAGUCUCUCUGAGGACGUCUGCAACAGCUUGAGGAGGCUGAAGGAAAAUGACGUUCGAAUCAUCAUCGGACUUUUUGAAGAGGAUUCUGCCUCUGAAGUUUUCUGCUGUGUCUACAGACUGAACAUGUUCGGACCUCAGUACCAGUGGCUGGUUGCUGAUGGAGGACCAGCUGGGUGGAGGCUGGGACGGCAGCUCUCCGGCUGUACGGCCGACAGUCUGCUGACGGCUGCUGACGGAUCCAUCAGACUGAGCAUGAGAGCGCUCAGCAACAGCAACAAACCGGGCGUCUCUGGACGGACUCCUCAGGACUACCAGGACUCCUACCUCAGACAGCUGACCUCGGACGGGUCAAAGGUCAGCCCCCUCCACUCCUUCGCCUACGACUCCGUGUGGGUCGCCGCCUCGGCGCUCAGUCAGGUGAUGGAGGCGGUGAAGCUCAGAGAGAAGUACAGCAGCCAGAGAAACACCAGCUUCAGCGAGGAGGAAGUUCAGAGGACGCUGCUGGACGCCUUGAAGAAGACGCAGUUUGAAGGAGUCACGGGUCCAGUCUCUUUUCGUAACGGGGAGAGGAUGACCUGGAUCGAUCUGAUCCAGUUUCAAGGCAGCAGUGGUGUGUCGGUGGGAGACUUCAAUACCUCCACCCAGCAGCUCCGUCUGAUCAACCACCUGAUCAAGUUUAAAGGUCCAGGACCAGCCAGAGACCAGGUUCUGGUCCUGGUUCAGCGGCAGCAGGUCAGCCUCCUCCUGUACAGCAUGGUGUCAUCAGCUGCAGCUGUGACCAUCUUCAUCACUCUGACUCUCCUCCUCUUCACUGUCAUCUACCACAAACACUGGCUGCUGAGACGGAGCGCUGGAUCCCAGGACGAGCUGCUGCUGCUGGGCGUCCUGCUGUCCUCCUCCUCCGUCCUGGUCUCCGGUCUGGACGGAGCCUCGCUGUCCCCCCCAACCGCUGAGCUCCUCUGCUCCGUUCGUCUGUGGACUCUCUCCGUGGGACACACCGUGGUCUUCGCUGUGCUCUUCACUAGAACAUGGAGAAUAUAUUCACCUGACAGCGUCAAACAGACGCAGAGAGACGUCUGUCUGGUCCUCUGGAUGCUCCUGUUGGAUGUGAUGGUUUUAACCUUCUGGCAGAUCCUGGAUCCUCUGAGACGGGUGGAGCUACAGCUCAGACCACAGAGAGAGUCUGCUGAUCAGGACGUGGUGGUUCGUCUCUACUGUGAACGCUGCAGCAGCAUCAACAUGGAGCUGUGGAUUACCGCAGUCUGUGGAUACAAAGCUCCUCUACUGGUUCUGGGCUGUCUGGUGGCGUGGAGCAUCAGGACGCUGCAGGUUGACCAUCCUGCCAUCAGCAGUAAACACCUGACGCUCAGCGUGUUCGCUGUGAUGCUGUUCAGUGUGUCCGGAGUGUCGGCGUCACUGCUGACCUCCCACAAUCCUCCUGUUCAGCUAUGUGUGAGCAGCGCCCUCAUCCUCUGCUGUAACCUCUUGACCCUGAGCUGGCUGUUCGGACCACAGUUCUUCUACGUGUGUUUGAACGGUGGCGAGCGGCAGCCGCUGUCACAGCUGCAGCCACCGUCACGGCUGCAGGCUGAAGAUGAAGAGCGGGAGAAGCUGAGCAGGUUAAAUCAGCAGCUCAAGAAUCAAACUGACCAGCUCGAUGCAGAAAUAGAAAUCAUCACUAUGCAACUCUGUGAAACGUCGGAGUCGACUGCUGCUGAGCUGAAGCUUCACCGCUAUACAAGAGGACGAGACCAGGCGUCCACAACAUCAGGUUCGGUCCGGUCUGUGACUUGGUCUCAUGAAGCUCAGGUCUGUUGGGAGGACGGACAGUCAGACAGGAAACCGGCGAGUCCAGAUGCCAUCAACUCUCCUGAACACGUGCGGCGGCGUCUCUCCAUUCAGCUGCCGAUCCUCCAUCAUUCCUACCUGCCCGCCGUCGGUGGCGUCAGCACCAGCAGCUCCAGUCUGUUCGGCAGCCAGGACGCCUUCGUUCACCGCGAUGAUAACUUCCUGUUCACCUGACGCCUGUUAUUUUUCUAUAACAGACCGUUGCUAUGGGCGCAGUUCUGAUGUCGGACUCUGGAGGACCGUUUUUGUGUCCAAUUAUUGAUUUCUUCAGUAAGUAGCCGUGUAAUAAGCGGGAUAAUGUACGAGCUGUUGUUGUGAAAUAAACCCCUUCAGGGCGAUGGACAUGGAUGGGGUUUAUUUCACAUUAAUGAGAGGCUCGCUGUACAUUAUCCCUUACUGGAAAUAUAUUCGGGACCAUAUAAAACACAAUUGUGGACUUUCCCAGCCGGAGGAAAAUUGUCAGACUGCUGGUUGAUGACUUGAUUUAUAAUAACAAUCACAUUUUUUAUCAUUAAAAUGUUUUAUAAUCUACUGAAUAUCCUCAAAUGAUUCCUGUUUAAUCACAUGAGCAACAAAUCAAUCAGACAAUGAUCAGAGAUCAGAUGGUUGGAUAGAAGCUGCAAUGUGUCAACUCAGGGAGUAUUUACAAUUACGAAAUCCAGUCAAAC